AUGUCUGAACAAUACUCCCCAAGGUUAUCUUUCACGGAUGCAGGAUCACUUCCAUCGGACUCAGUCUCGCGCUCAGACCCUGGGGACAUCAGCGCGGCAUCCUCGUCGAGAUCUCCUUCCCAUCACAGGACACUCUCAAGAGUAACGGCUUGGCUGCGCGCUUGCCCCUUCGCGUCUGGGAUAAUUCGCGAUGUUAGUUCGCGCGCACCAUAUUAUGUUAGUGACUGGCAGGAUGCGUGGAACUAUAGAGUAAUUCCUGCAAUUGUCCAGAUAUUCUUUGCCAAUGUUCUGCCAGGCAUCGCUUUCUCCCUAGAUCUCAUAGAGACCACUCAGCAGUAUGGCGUGUCAGAAGUGCUGCUGUCGUCUUUCAUGGCGGCGUUCGUCUUCUCCGCCUUCGGCGCUCAACCCCUUUGCAUAGCUGGGGUGACAGGACCUAUCACCGUCUUCAAUAAGACCAUCUACAACAUCAUUGAACGACACCCCGAUCCUCCUGAAUAUCUACAUUUUGUCGGCUGGGUGUAUCUAUGGGGCGCAAUUUUGCACUGGAUAACUGCGGCCCUCAACUGGUGCAACUUCCUGAAGUAUGUCACACUCUUCUCGUGCGAUACAUUUGGCUUCUACGUAGCAUGGGUCUACCUCCAGUACGGCGUGCAAGUUGUAACUCGAGAGUUUUCCUCGUCAAUCACCUCGGCCUCCACUCUAGACGGAGCGUUUGUCGGCAUCGUCCUCGCCCUCCUCAUGCUUGUUACGUCUUUCGUCUUCCGAUCGCUCUCUCAAUCACCGUACUUCCAUCGCCACGUCCGUCGCAUUUUCGCAGACUACGGCAUGCCCGUCGCGCUGAUUGCUUCCUCUGCGAUGGCGUACUGGGGGCGGUUCAACCAGGCAAACCCGAGCACCCUACCUGUUGGUCGGGCCUUCCAGCCAGCGAACGGUCGAGAGUGGUUGGUGCGGUUCUGGCAGCUGGAUGGGAAGUGGGUGGGGAUUGCAUUCCCCUUCGGCUUCGUCCUCUGGGUUCUAUUUUUCUUCGAUCAUAAUGUUUCAUCUCUGAUGGCUCAGAGUACACACUUCCCUCUGCGCAAACCACCAGGAUUCCACUAUGACUUCUUUUUGCUUGGCAUCACGACUUUCAUCGCCGGAUUACUCGGUCUGCCUGCUCCGAACGGUCUGAUCCCGCAGGCACCCAUACAUACUACGUCCUUACUCGUCAUGGGAUACCCUUCGAAGAGAGAUGCUGAGAACGUAGAGGAGUCUGGAUCGUCUUUCCCCCGUCCGUCCCAGACACCGAACGAGCAGCUACGGCCCGAGAAGGCUCGACAGCAAGACAAACACGAAAGAGAGGUGCAGCAUAUACAUUCCCGUCAGCCGUCUCUACUAGAACCGGAUCCCGCAAGACCUCUAAGCGAUACUUCGUUUAAAGAAGUGCCAGUUGCUGUUGUGGAACAGCGAGUGUCUAAUUUAGCGCAGGGUGCUUUGUGUCUUGUAUUACUUACAGGACCUUUCCUGCAUGUCCUGAACCUGAUCCCGCGAGGUGUUCUUGCCGGUCUAUUCUGGUAUAUGGGUAUCGAUGCCCUGCAAGGCAACGGCAUCACGCGCAAAAUACUGUAUUUCUUCCGUGACAAGGCGCUCACACCAGUAGAUGAACCUCUCCGCAGAGUACGGAAGUCGCGCAUCCUGCUCUUCGUCAGUGUACAGCUCGCUGGGUUUGGGGCAGCUAUGGCAGUCACGCAAACUAUUGCGGCUAUCGGAUUCCCUAUAAUCAUCCUGUUGCUAAUCCCAUUGCGGACACUUUUGAUACCUCGACUGCCAUUUUCUGACGAGGAGCUUGCUAUUCUCGAUGGCCCCACCGCCUCCCCGUUCACGAUGGAAUCUGUUGGAGGGACUAUCUCAUGA